AUGGUAGAAGUUGGGAAGGACAAGAGGAGUGGCUCUGUCAAAAGAGAGAUUUCAUUCUUCUUCACUUCGGAACAUGAUCUCCUCGAGGUUCUAGAAAAAGGUGUUCAUACCUUCAAUGAAUGGACGAUAGUGGUGGAUAGGUGGGUUGAGUUUCCCCCGGAUAACUAUCUCCAGUUCACACCUAUGUGGAUCCAGAUGUGGAAUAUUCCGAUAAAUUUCUAUACAAAGGAGGCGCUCACAGCCCUAGGGGAAUUGAUUGGUCAGGUUACAGAAGUUGCUUUUGAUGCCGAGAAGCCGCAGUUGCAGGAUUUUAUAAGGGUUAAGGUUUUGUUUGAUGUAUCCAAACCUCUAAGAAGAUCCAAGAUUGUUAAUCUCCCCAAAGGAGAUACUACCUCGGUUAAUUUUGAGUAUGAAAGGGUUCAAAAAAGCAAAAGGGGAAGUGGCUCUGCUUAUUUCACCAACCUUUUCAAAUCGUCAAAUCCUCCGAGUUUUCAAGAUUGGUUUUCAGAUUUUCCUGCCAAAGUCACUGAUGAUAUGAAUCAAAACCUCAUUGGUAAAGUUUCAUCGGAAGAGAUAAGAGAUGCCAUCUUCUCCAUUGAUCCAACGAGUGCUCCGGGUCCGGAUGGUUUGACUGGUUUGUUCUUCCAACAAUAUUGGACCAUUGUUGGUACCCAAGUGAUUAAAGAGAUCAAAGGUUUCUUCGAGCAAGGUGUGUUUCCUGUGGAGUGGAACUAUACGCAUUUAUGUCUUCUUCCAAAAACUCAUCACCCCACAGAGAUGACAGACCUGAGACCCAUCAGUUUGUGUUCAGUGCUGUACAAGGUUAUCUCCAAAAUUUUGGUCUCUAGACUGCAACCAAUUCUACCCUUCAUCGUCUCAGUGAAUCAAUCAGCUUUUGUAGCGGAUCGCCUGAUAACUGAUAACAUUAUGAUUGCGCAUGAAGUUGUUCACAGCCUCUCUUCUCAUCAGGAGAUCUCCUCUCAAUGCAUGGCGGUGAAAACAGAUAUGUCAAAAGCUUAUGACAGAGUAGAAUGGAGCUACUUAAGGUUCUUGCUGUUAGCAAUGGGUUUUCAUCAGAAGUGGGGCAUCAAGUUUUGGGUUGAAGGUCCAGAGGUCCACCAUCUCCUGUUUGCAGACGAUAGUCUGUUCAUGUGUCAAGCAACAGUUGAUCAAUGCUCAUUCUUGUUAAAUACCUUGAAAAAGUAUGGAGAUGCUUCAGGUCAGUCGUUAAAUCUCAACAAAUCCUCUAUAACCUUUGGGUCCAGGAUUUCUCAGGACACCAAAGUUGAAAUUCAGACCAAGAUGGGUAUAUUCAAAGAAGGAGGAGCUGGCACUUACUUGGGGAUGCCAGAAUGCUUUAGUGGCUCAAAGGUGGAGUUGUUGAAUUAUAUUAAAGACAAAGUCAAAGAGAAGUGUUCUGGUUGGUUCUCCAAACUUCUCUCUCAAGGAGGAAGAGAGGUUCUCUUAAAGUCAGUCGCUUUAGCCAUGCCGGUUUUUGUUAUGUCGUGCUUCAAGCUUCCAAAAACCACUUGUUCUAACUUAGCCAGUGUCAUGGCGGAUUUUUGGUGGAAUAGUACUGAGCGUUCGAAGAACAUUCAUUGGUUAAGCUGGGAAAAGCUCUGUCUUCCUAAGGAACAAGGUGGCUUAGGGUUCAGAGACAUCCACGUCUUUAAUCAAGCCCUUUUAGCUAAGCAGGCUUGGAGGCUUUUGCAGAACCCUGAGUAUGAGGAAGGUUGGAGAGCUCCUUGGAGGAGAAUGGAUUUUUUCGAUCCUAAUCUCAGAGCUUCAGAUUUGAUUGAUGUGGUCAGACGGGAUUGGGAUCCCCAAAAGCUGUCGGAGAACUUCUUCCCAGAUGAUGUCCAGCGAAUCCUUCAGAUAAGACCAGUGGUUGUGAGUGAAGACUUUUUCUCCUGGAAGCACAAUAAAAAUGGGGAAUUCUCAGUUAAAUCUGCUUAUUGGCUGGGUUCACUCUUAAGUAACUCUCCAGUGAUUGUGGAAGCCAACCAACUUCCCUCCAUUAAUGUUCUUAAAGCCAAAGUUUGGGAUUUACAAACAGACCCAAAGAUUCAGGUUUUCCUUUGGAAAGUGCUGUGUGGAGCCCUUCCUGUUGCUUCAAAACUGAUUGGUCGAGGUAUGAAAGUGGAUCCUUCUUGUCAAAUCUGUGGAGAGGUUGAUGAGUCUAUCAAUCAUGUUCUUUUCAAAUGCUCCAUGGCUAGACAAAUUUGGGCGUUAACUGAUGGUUCGGUCUUUUCCAAUUUUCAGUUUCUUUUAGAGAACGUUAGAAACCCUCUCUGGCCUGAUGAAUUAAGGAAGUCUUUCCCCUGGACCCUUUGGAGAAUUUGGAAGAAUAGAAACUUGGUUUCGUUUGAAGGAAAUGGGUUCUCUCCUUUGGAAUCUGCUCAAAAAAUCAGAGAGGACUGGUUGGAGUGGAUAGAGACUCAAAAAGUUGAAGAAGAAGCAGAAGGGGAAAAGGAUAAAGCAGACUCGGGUGAAGAUUGCAGGCAGAGUGUUGGCCUCGAUCAGAACAGAAAGGUUUGGAGAAGACCAGCACCAAACUGGCUAAAAUGUAAUGUUGGUUUUUCUUGGUCAAACAGAAAUAAGUUAGCAGGUUGUGCAUGGAUUUUGAGAAACCAUGAAGGAAUGGUGUUGUUACAUAGCCGUAGAGCCUUAUCCAGGUGUAAGGAUAAGCAAGAGGCUCAGCUACAGUGGGCAAUUGAUAGCAUGUCGAGUCACAGGGUGAACAAAGUGGUUUUUGCGUUGCAAGAAGAGUAUUUGGUAAAUGCGAUUACCAAACCUGCAACUUCGCCUUCAUUUAGAUAUCAGUCUAUGGAGGUUGCUUCGUCUCUUAGGUCUAUUUUAGAAUGGAAAUUAUUUUUGGAAAACUCAUCUUCAAACAGAGGGGCUUUGCUUGUAGCUCAGAGUGUCACUACUGAUUGCAGGUUGCAAUCGUAUGUGGCAUCAGGUCACCCUUUCUGGCUAAAUGGUCUGUUUGAGGAGGAACGUGUUUUAUCCUCUGAUUGA